AUGGCUAGAUUCCCAGCAAUCCCCGCGGAUGAGCGCACCCUAUCCACGGACUUCAUUAAAGCAUUCGACAAACCUUCGCUCACCCGCCUUCACAGCUGGAAUGGCACGAUGCUUUUGGCCCGCUCCUGGGUCCUGAUGCUUCUUUGCCUUCUGACCGAGUAUGACACGCCGUAUGUCUUGUACGCGCAUGCCGAGAAUGCCUUGGCGGCUGGACUGUCGCGAGAGCAAAUUCAGCAAGCGGUACAUGGAAGGGUCCCCGGCGGACUCGACGAACAGGAGAGAAUGGUACAGUUGUGGCGACCAAUGCAGGAUGAGGAAUAUGAUGAGGCUGUCGGGAUCCUUGGUCGCGAGCGAAUCGCCGGGCUGGUCCACAUUGCAAGUCUAUACAUCUAUGCCGUAAUGUUGACGAACAUUGGCAGCGAUGGUGAUGUUCCACCCACGAAGGAAGGCAGUUUCAUUGCGACCAAGAAUCCCGCUUUGGGGGAAUGGGUUUCUUGGGGAGGAUGCUGCAUACAGAUAAAGCUGCGUGCAUGA